AUGGGAGCCAAAACCAAAAGAACUGGCUCUGUCGGUUGCGCCAGACCAGAACAUCAGACAAAGUGUGGCCCAAUAACGCGCCAUUUCGAAGUCGACUUUGAUUCCGGCGUCAAUAUCGACUGCAACAAGAAUCGAUGUUGGAUCAGUUGCCCUGAAACCAAAGUCAACACUCUUCCUCGCUGGACGAAAGAAGUCAUCUGUAGAAAUUCUGUGAGGAAUAUUUGGAAUAUCAAGAAGUCAAUCAACAUCGCCUGUGUCAACCCUUCUCUUCGAGCAAGAGAAGAAAGUCUCAAAUGCGGCGCUUUAGAGGACUUCUACCCUUGGUACAAGAAAUCGGACAUAACUGCUAUUUGCUCUGGAAGAAGAGAAAAAUACGAGCAAUGCGAUUUAUACUGUCCCGAUGGAACCAGACCGAAAAGAAAAGGAGAAGUUUUUGAUUCUGUCAUUUGCCAUCGGGGAAAGAGGAAGUUCGAGCCAGCUCUAGAAGAAGCUCCGGUUUGCGGAUAA